CUUAACGAGGACUGUCUAAAGCCCAUGCCUGUUUUGUUGCCCACCGCUGUAAAAUGAACGUGAAAAACCCUAACAUAGGUGCCUCGUCUACGUGCGUCUAUAAAUAUCUUUGGGGCCGUUACACAAGAGUCUCUCCCCGUCUCGUCUCUAAAACCUUUAUAAGCAGCUGCUAUCUACGGAACCCCAGAAAACAGCCGAAAACCAGUUCUUACUCUGUCUACAUGACAGCUCAGUGUUUCAAAUGGGUAAAUCUACCAAGAAAUCAGCCACCAAAGUUGAUGCAGCUGCAGAUGUAGUACCACCGACAAAAACUAUGAAGAAAGGAAAGAGGGAGGCUGAAGAGUCGAUAGGGAAGCAAGCGAGUGCGAAGAAGCAGAAGAAAGAUUUAGCGGUAGUGCAGGCUAUUGAGAAGCGGAAGAGCGAGGCGAAGUCUUUUAACAAGAGGCAAAAGAAAGAGGAUACUAGUUCUUCUGAGGAUUCCUUUUCCUCUUCUGAGUCCGAGGAAGAACAGAAGGUUAAGAUACCAGCUAAGAAGACUCCAGCCAAGCCACCCCUAGAAGAAUCUAGUAGUGAGGAAUCAUCUUCUGACGAAGAGCCUGCUGUUAAAGCUGUGGUGAUUCCUAAGAAAAAGCCAGUGGCUGUUUCUAAAAAUGACACUGUUAAGAAGGGCAAGUCAGAUUCAGAUUCAGAUUCAGAUGAGAGUGACUUUGAGGAGGUAACACUUCCUUCAAACAAGGCACCUGUAACUGCGGCUAAGAAUGGCCCUGUAGCAGCCUCCAGGAAGAAAGAUGAGUCAAGUGAUUCCGAGUCAGAAGAUGACAGCAGUUCAGAUGAUGAUAAAAAAACAGCACUGCCUACCCCAGGGAAGAAAUUGACAGAAACUUCAGCUAGAAAUGGCUCUGAUGCUGGUCUGAAGAAAAAGGAGGAAACGAGUGAUAGUUCCGAUGAAGACAGUACGUCUGACGAGGAAGAUCAAAAACCUGCAAAGCUAAUUCCCCAAGCCAAAAAAUUGCCAACUUCCAUUCCGAAAAAUGUUCCCAAGGUUGCCCACCAAAAGGAAACUAGUGAUAGCUCUGACGAGAGUGACACUGAUGAAGAUGAGGGGAAAACUGUUGCAGUACCUAAAAAGAAAGUGGAAUCAAGUGAUAGAACCAGCUCGGAAAGUGAAUCUGAAGAAGAUGCCCCUGCAACCAAAGGUGGUCCUUUAAAGAAACCCUCCUUGACAACUGAUACCAAGCAGAAGGCAGACAGCGGUGAUGACAGUACUGAGGAUAGUGACAGUGAAGAGCCUCAAAAGAAAAAGAUAAAAGUCCUGCCUUCUGGUACACACAACACCGCAAAACAAAGUGCAAAUCCUGCCAAAAAUGAGAGCAGUAGCGAUGAGGAAAGUUCUGACGAAGAGCCUUCAAAAAUGCAGUCGGUGAAAAAGCCUACACAAGUUUCAAAGAAAAGCAGUAGUUCUGCGGAAGAGACUUCUGAAGAAGACGAAGAUGACACUUCAGAGGAAGAAGAGGAACAACCUUCCAAGACACCUAAGAAAAAGGAUUUCAGCGUAGAAAUGGUAGGGGCCAAGCAAAUGGGUUCCUUAUCUUCAAAGAAAGCUCCUCAGACCCCUAGUACUCCUCAAGUUGAAGCAUCGGGUUCCAAAACUCUGUUUGUUGGGAAUCUCUCCUUCUCUGUGGAAAGAGCUGAUUUGGAGAAUUUCUUUAAAGAAGCUGGAGAAGUUGUUGAUAUUCGUUUUGCAAUGAAUCCAGAUGGUGCGUUUAAGGGCUUUGGUCAUGUUGAGUUUGCUACCAUAGAAGCUGCGCAAAAGGCUCACGAAUUCAAUGGUCAAGAUUUGUUGGGUCGUAGUGUGAGACUUGAUUUUGCCAGGGAAAGGGGUUCCUACACUCCACAUAGCGGAGAGAGUAACUCCUACCAAAAGGGAGGGGGAGGAGCUCAGGGGCAAACAGUCUUUGUCCGAGGCUUUGACAAAACUGACGGUGAGGACAAGAUUAGGGGUGCUCUAGAAGAGUAUUUUGGGUCUUGUGGAGAGAUAUCAAGGGUGUCCAUUCCAAAAGAUUAUGAUGGUGGUGUUAAAGGGAUAGCUUAUAUUGAUUUUAAGGAUAGCAAUGGUUUCAAGAAAGCUCUACAACUCAAUGAAUCUGAAUUUGGAGAUAACUACUUGACAGUGGAAGAGGCAAAGCCGAGACGUGAUAAUCGUGACAGUGCUGGCAGUGGCAGAGGUGGUGGUGGGAGGAGUGGUGGUAGAGAUGGUGAUGGUAGGUUUGGUGGUAGACGUGGAGGUGGCCGUGGUGGUGGUCGUCGUGAGAGUGGUGGCCGUUUUGGAGGUGGUGACCGUUUUGGAGGUGGUGACCGUUUUAGAGGUGGUGGCAGAGGUCGUGGAACACCCAGCAAACCAAGCUUAGCCACUGCUGGGACAGGGAAGAAGACAACAUUUGGUGAUGAAUAGGAACGGCAAGAGUGGGUUUUUUGAAGUUGCCUUUUUUAUGUUCACUUUACGUGUUUUAUGUUUGAAUUAUGAGAUUAUGUGAGUUUUUCGCGUGUAAUUUUUGUUCUGGCUGGUUCAAUAUCUAGAUGUUUAUCGCUACAAAAAUUUAAUAUCUAGAUGAAUUUUUGUCAGUUUUCUUCUAUUUACGGACUACUGUUUCCUUUAGAUAAACAUUUAGGACUCUUUUGGUUGCCAGAUUAUGGAGGAUAUUUGUUGGUCCAAAUCUUGCGCAAUCGAGGGGUGGUCUCUUUUGUGACGUGUG